AGAGAGAGAGAGAGAGAGAGACGACAGAGACAGACACAGAGACAGAGACAGAGAGACAGAGAGAGGGAGGAAGAGACAGAGAGACCGAGAGACCGAGGCAGGAAGGGGCGAGAGCGCAGGUGAAGGCGGCGGGGGAAAGGACUGGAGACCGUAGCGUAACGGUCCGGGGAGCCUUUCGGGACAAACCGAGGGGCUGUCUGGCCGCAGGAAGGAGAAAGGAGAGGGUCUAUUGCAGGCUGCCAGGUGUCUUCUACCCUCAGCGAGCAAGUCCGGGAGGGAGAGAAGUCAGGAGAAGGGGGAAAGGGGGGGAGUCCAAGGGAAACCCUGCGGAGCCCCCUUCGGAAUAAACCCCCCUGGUGAGCGCGCCCCGGGGGCUGAUAGCAACGGCGGCGGCAGCUGGGCGGCUGGGGCCGGGGUGGCGUCCGGAGCGCGAGGAGCAGGAGGAGGGCGCUGGAGGCCGGACGCGCUCGCGAGCGGCGGCGGCGUGGAGUGAGCCGAGGGGCGGCGCGCGCCGGCCGGCGGAGGCCACAGCGCAGCUCCGGGAGCGGAUCCUCGCCGCCUCUGCAGCCUGCGCGGCCGCGGCCGGACCCAAGCGAGGCCCGAGCGCCGUGCGGAGCGCACCCGCCUCCCCGCGGCGCGCAGGGCUCGCCCCCAGCGCGCGCACACGCGCCCGCGCACACGCACACUCACCGACACACGCUCACACACGUGUGCGCUCCCCCGCUCCGCGGCCGCUGCAGCUCCUGCUCUCAGCGCCGCAGUGGAAGGCAGGGCCGAACCGCUCCUUCUUUAAAUAUAUAAAUUACAGCCCGGGCCAGCCUCGGCGGCCCCCGUUAGAGCGCUCCGGGCGCCCCUCCCGCCGGGCCGCCGGCUGCCAGCCCCGAGACCUUUUCUUCUCUUCCCUUUUGGGCGGAGGAGCCGAGUUCAGAUCCGACACUCCGCACCCGAAAUUGACACACUGAACUCCGUUCCCUCAUCUUACAUUUAUUUCUGCCUAAUAGCCGCUCGCCUCUUUUUUUUCUCCCCACCUCGUCACUCCAAGAAAACUUUUUCUUACUCCCCACAGUUAGGUUUCCCCCUGCGCAUCGUGUAUUAAUAUUUCCACUUUGGGAACUACUUGCAUUUUCUUUUUAAGGGAAUUCAAGCAAGAUACCUUUUUCUUUGGACAUUGACUUUCGUUUGUUUGCAAAAGUUUCGCAUUAAAAAAAAAAAUUACCUGGUCAGUACUUUGAGAGUUGUUGGUUCAUUUUUUUUUUCUUAAAAUUUUUACUUCUUUUUUUGUUUUUUAAACUUUUUCCACCUUAAAAAAAUGCACUACUGUGUGCUGAGCGCUUUUCUGAUCCUGCAUCUGGUCACGGUCGCGCUUAGCCUGUCUACCUGCAGCACGCUCGAUAUGGACCAGUUCAUGCGCAAGAGGAUCGAGGCAAUCCGCGGGCAGAUCCUGAGCAAGCUGAAGCUCACCAGCCCCCCAGAAGACUAUCCUGAGCCCGAAGAAGUCCCCCCGGAGGUGAUUUCCAUCUACAACAGCACCAGGGACUUGCUCCAGGAGAAGGCGAGCCGGAGGGCGGCCGCCUGCGAGCGCGAGAGGAGCGACGAGGAGUACUACGCCAAGGAGGUUUACAAGAUUGACAUGCCGCCCUUCUUCCCCUCGGAAACUGUCUGCCCAGUUGUUACAACACCCUCUGGCUCAGUGGGCAGCUUGUGCUCCAGACAGUCCCAGGUGCUCUGUGGGUACCUUGAUGCCAUCCCACCCACUUUCUACAGACCCUACUUCAGAAUUGUCCGAUUUGAUGUCUCAGCGAUGGAGAAGAAUGCAUCCAAUUUGGUGAAAGCAGAGUUCAGAGUCUUCCGUUUACAGAACCCAAAAGCCAGAGUACCUGAACAACGGAUCGAACUGUAUCAGAUUCUCAAAUCCAAAGAUUUAACGUCUCCAACCCAGCGCUACAUCGACAGCAAGGUCGUGAAAACAAGAGCAGAAGGCGAAUGGCUUUCCUUUGACGUAACUGACGCUGUUCAUGAAUGGCUUCACCAUAAAGACAGAAACCUGGGAUUUAAAAUAAGUUUACACUGUCCCUGCUGUACCUUUGUACCAUCUAAUAAUUACAUCAUCCCCAAUAAAAGUGAAGAACUAGAAGCAAGAUUUGCAGGUAUUGAUGGCACCUCCACAUAUACCAGUGGUGAUCAGAAAACUAUAAAGUCCACUAGGAAAAAAACCAGUGGGAAGGCCCCACACCUCCUGCUAAUGUUGUUGCCCUCCUACAGACUUGAGUCACAACAGUCCAACCGGCGGAAGAAGCGUGCUUUGGACGCAGCCUAUUGCUUUAGAAAUGUGCAGGAUAACUGCUGCCUUCGUCCACUUUACAUUGACUUCAAGAGGGACCUAGGGUGGAAAUGGAUACAUGAACCUAAAGGGUACAAUGCCAACUUCUGUGCUGGAGCAUGCCCAUAUUUAUGGAGCUCUGACACUCAGCACAGCAGGGUUCUCAGCUUGUAUAACACCAUAAAUCCAGAAGCUUCAGCUUCUCCUUGCUGCGUGUCUCAGGAUUUAGAACCGCUCACCAUUCUUUACUACAUUGGCAAAACACCCAAGAUCGAACAGCUUUCCAAUAUGAUUGUAAAGUCUUGCAAAUGCAGUUAAGAUUCUGGGGGAAAAAAGUGGCAAGACGAUGAUCACAAAGAUAGGAUGAUGAUGAAAACGACAGUGUGUGUAACAAGGAAACAUAAGAGAGCCUUGCUUCAUCAGUGUUAAAAAAAAAAAAUCUGAAAAAGCGGUACCAGUUCAAACACCUGGGAAGUCUGUGUUCUGUUAAAACUGGCAUCUGAAACAAAAGAAAAAGUCGAAGGCUUAAUCUACAUUUCACCAACUCUGUGAGAGAGACAAGAAGCAAAACCUUUUUUUUUUUAAGAAAAAAAAUAAACACUGGAAGAAUUUGUUAGUGUUAAUUAUGUGAAAGGAAAAACAAAACAAAACAAAACAGGAAAAUCCCGUUAAGUGGAGUUGCUGUACAUACCGUUCCUAUCCCAUGCCUCACUUGAUUUUUCUGUAUUGCUAUGCAAUAGACACCCUUCCAAUUCUUACUCUUAGAGUUAACAGUGAGUUAUUUAUUGUGUGUUACUAUAUAAUGAACAUUUCAUUGCCCUUGGAAAAUAAAACAGGUGUAUAAAGUGGAGACCAAAUACUUUGCCAGAAACUCAUGGAUGGCUUAAGGAACUUGAACUCCAACGAGCCAGAAAAAGAGGUCAUAUUAAUGGGAUGAAAGCCCAAGUGAGUUAUUAUAUGACCAGGCAAGUCUGCAUUUAAGAUAAAGACCCUGAAAACACACCAACUGCCUAAGGUAGCUUUUUGUAAGGUUCAAAACUGAAAAGGCUGUUAAUAAAGGAAACUUUCGGUCAGAAUAAGUCUGUAAGAUUUUUUUUCCUUCUUAAUUGUAAAUGGUUCUUUGUCAGUUUAGUAAACCAGUGAAAUGUUGAAAUGUUUUGCUACGUACUGGUCACACUUCAAACCGUAAAGUAUUGCCAUAAAGCUAGGCUCUAGGUUUUCCCUUCGGUUUGGUAUCUGUCAACCAUACCUAUAUUACUAUAAUAGAUGGGUAUAGAAGCCAGUAUAAUUGGAAACACACCUGCAGAUCUUUUUUUGCAAACUAUGAAAUCAAAACAUUAACUACUUUGCGUGUAAUGUGUAAAUUUUACCGUGUUUUUAAUGUUCCGUAAUAAUGUCAACUAUGAUUGAGAUUGGACUUACAUUUGGACUCCUUUUAAUGAUCACUCCGAAUUGUGUGUUUCCUGUAGCUGGCCAGUUCUUUUCAGUAAAACCCCAGUAUUUUGACUUGCACUACAAAUACAUGUUUUAUAGUAUUUGCUCCAUGUGUGUACUUUGUGCAUUUUCUCCAUUAUUACGACAUAAGCUACCUGAUCCACUUGUCCUUUUUUUUCCUUCUAUAAAAAGGAUAGAUUCAUGUUCAGUAGUGUUCCUUCAUUUUCUAAGCAUCAUCACUAAUCAAUGCAAUGUUCAAAAUCUUCUCUUGUAGGAAAAUUGGAGUAUAUGAUAGAUACAUAGAUAACUGAGGUGAAUUGGUUUAGUGUUUAGCAAGGGCCCACAGAUCUGACUGAAACGCAGAAUCUUGGUGACUGAGUUAAGAAAGGUUUCUCUAAUGUGGUGUAAUCUGUAUUUUCAGAGAAUUUUAUUAUUAUUAAAGAUCAGACUGUUCAUAGGAAACAUCUUUUCCUUUAAUCAGGUUUUUAGUGUUCAAGGGGAGACGGGAAGAUCUACAUUUUAAUUGAUUCCGUUGUUUUUUUCUUUUUAGGGGAGAAUAAGUGUCCAGGUCAGCAUAAGCUACUUAGUGUAUAUUAUGAAGGUAAGGUUUUUAUAGAGGUUCUUUGGAAGUUGCACAAGCACCAGCCCAGUUCUCCCACAAUAAAAAAAUUCUUUCUUUCCUCUGAAUAAAAGUUAUUUAGAUCUGAGGCUAGACUGGACUUGGCUUUAAUAAAUGAUUUGCCACGUCAUUGCAGAGAAGGUCAUCUUAUGUCAGGGUUUGUAGGCUAUGCCAGUUGUCAGUUGUCUAUAUUUGUGUUUAAGAUUAGAAGUGAAUGGGUAAAACAAUGGGAUAGUUACGGUUUCAGCUAAAGAACAGCACGGUGAGGUGGGCCUCCAAAGUGAAGUUGCUAGAUAUAGGAUACUUUUUUGGAAUUCAUGAAAAUGACAAAUGGGAUUUUCAAGUUUGAAAACUGGAAGAGCAAGAGACGAGACGCCACAAUAGUGAACAACCCUUGUAUUAGAUGUAACCCAACCCCAGAUCUGAGUGUGUGGAUUUUUUUUCUCUUCCACUUUUCUAUUAGUUCUAUGUAAAUCACUCUUAUUUCUGCAGGUAUUCUCCUCUCAGAUAGAAUGACAUUUGUUUUAUAUUAUUUUGUCUUUCCUCAUGAAUGCACUGAUAAUAUUUUAAAUGCUCUAUUUUAAGAUUUCUUGAAUCUUUUUUUUAUUUUAGUUUGUGGGGUUUCUAUAAGGUCUUUAUUUCCAGUAAGUAAAUAUUGCCGUGGGAAGGGUGGGAAGUGGGAGGGCAAAGGGGAAAUGUUAGUAUGCAGGUGGGGGGGGGGGCGCAGCAGUUUUUAUAUGUUAAGCAGCAGUACAAUUUUAUGGUUGGCAUGAUUUUUCUAAAAAAUGGAAUAUAAGAAUAGCUGUUUUGUAUUUUGAUGACUGAUUACGCUGUAUUUUAACACAAUGUAUGUCUGUUUUUGUGGUGCUCUAGUGGUAAAUAAAUUAUUUCAAUUGUA